AUGCAAAGCCUUUGGCUUUCUUAUGUCGCUCCUCAUAGCCCUGAACUUCUUCAACUGUCAUCGAAACAAUUAGCCAAAAAGAAGAUUUGUAUCAGGCAUUUCGAACAUCAAUAUCUUGAUGGCUUCACGAGGAAAUACCACGGUUAUCCUACUCUACUGACUGAAGAAGAAAUAGCUUGUGGAGUACCCAGUCAAUCCAUCACUGACUAUUAUGAUCAUACUUACUGUAAAAGAAGGCAAGGUAUGGAAGAAGCAGCUCCUGAAAUAAUUAAAAAGCCAAAAUAUAGUAAAGAAUACAUGCUGGUUAAUUUAGAUAAUUCACAAAAUAGUAAAAGAGAAAAUACUGGAGAGACUUCUGUGUCAGAUGACAUCACCAUGUUGUCAAAGCCAUCAACUUCUCAGCAAAGUUAUUACAUCUCCAUGUCGCCAAAACCAUCAACUUCUCAGCAAAGUUAUGAUGUCCCCAUUUCACCAAAGCCAUCGACAAUUCAACACAGUGAUAAAAACAAAUGUAUUAAGCUUGUAAAAAGUAGACCUCGACUUGUAACCAAUAUUAACAACUUAACUCCAAGAUGUCGAAGGUUGUACUUUAAGUGUAAAGAUAUGAUUAAAAGAAAGAGAUUGUUUACAAGUAAUGAAGAUAACAAACAAAACAUUGCUCAUGCAGAAAUUCUUAGCAAUACCAAAAGUUUUAGAAAAUUAAUAGAAAAGUUAGAUUUCUUCCCAAAACAGUUUAUAGCAUUGCAGCUGAGGUUUGCUGGUAAAGCUUCAAAAGGAAGAAGGUAUAAUAUUGAUGAAAAAUUAAUGAGCAUUGCGCUGUAUAAACAGAGCCCUAAGGGGUAUUCCCUUCUACAAAAAUUAUUCUCUUUACCAACCAAAAGAACUCUGAAUAGAGUUUUACAAAAUAUUAAAUUUGGAGAAGGUAUAAAUGAAAACUUUUUUGCAAUUUUAAAACAAAAAAUCAAAACAUUGAGUAAUGCAAAAAAACUGUGCAGCAUUGUUUUUGAUGAAGUUCAGUUAUCUGCACAUUUGAAUUUUAUUGCAAGCAAUGAUGAAAUUGAGGGGUUUGUAAAAGCAGAUGGGCCCCCAAAAUUUGCUGACCAUGCUUUGGUAGUGAUGCUCAGAGGUAUUUGUGCAUCAUGGCGACAACCAGUCGCUUACUAUUUUUGCCAAGGAACUACACCAGCAGCUACUUUGAAACAUAUUUUAAAGGAUAUGGUUAAGAUAGUAAUCGAAUCUGGAUUAAAGCCUUUAGCCUUCAUUUGUGACCAGGGAGCUACAUCACAGCGUGCUCUUAAAGAUCUUCAAGAAGAGACUAAGAGACACUGUUUUCAAAAUAAUAUAAAAUUUGGUAAGCUUAAAAAAUAA